AUGGCUAGCUAUCUGUGGAGAAAUUAUGCAGACUAUCUUUACACCAAAUGGGAAAAAAUGCUUUUUUGGGACAUGUUAGAUCCCUAUCGAAGACCCAAAUCUUUUACGCCUCUCGUUGCUAUUUAUAUUGCAGCCUUUUACACUGGCGUCAUCGGUGCCGCCAUUACUGAGCAACUCUAUAAAGGAAAGUACUGGGAAGAUCACCCUGGGAAAGCAGUGCCGCUCAUGAAGCCGAAAUUUUAUGGUAGUCCUUGGAAGGUGCGCAAAGGUGAUGUACUACCACCUAAUCGGUGA